CCCGGAGCACCGGCGGCGCCGCCGUCAUGGCGGCGCGGGCGGCGCUGGAGGUGGCGGCGGUGUCGCGGGACGUGGUUUUGUACCAGCACGACCGCAGCCGCUUCUUCCGCCUCGUGGGGCUCUUCUGCACGGGCCAGGGGCUCUUCUGGGCCUACCUGGCGCAUUUCGCCUUCACGGCGCUGCGCCCCGCGCCCGGGCCCGGGCCCGACGAUCCGCUGCGGCCCCGCGACAACAAGUGGCGCUUUGGCUUCACGGCGUCCUGCCUCACCGUCGGCUCGCUGACGCUGGCCGCGGGCUGCGUGCUGCCGCUGCGCUCCGUGAGCCGGGUGACGCUGCUGCGGGGCGGCUCCGCCGUCACCAUCGGCACCCCCGGGCCGCUGGGGCUGGGCCGGCGCAGCCUCACCGUGCCGCUGCGGGACGUGUCCGGCCGCGCACACCGGCUCGAGGUGAGGGCGGCCAUCCCCAUCAAGGUCCGCGGCCGCCCCUUCUUUUUCCUGCUGGACAAGAACGGGAGCUUCAGCGACCCCCGGCUCUUCGACAUCACCGUGGGAGCCCUCCGAAAGUUCUAGGCCGGGGACACGGCGGUGGGGUCACCUGGGGACACCUGAGAGCACCUGGGAUCACCUGAGCUCAUGUGAUGACACCUGGGGACACCUGAGCUCACCUGAGUGCCCCUGGGGACACCUGGGAUCACCUGCGGAUGGAGUGUGGGACACCCAGCGGAGCAUGGACAUGGGGGGACAGUGGGACCGUCACUUGUCACCGCAGAAUAAAGCGUGGAACGUCCACCCAGCUCUGAGGGGGACACUGGCGUUGUCAUUUUGUCACCCCCACAAAUAAAGAGUGAAACGCA